AUCAUGGUGGGCAGAAUCGCAAGAAUCGCGUCGAGAACGGCUCCGAAAGAUUCCUGCUCCGUUAUCAAGAACGGAAUGUAUAUACACACGUUAUAAGAAACUCGAAGAAACUCGCGAGCUUUUUCAAACUAUUUUCCAUACUUAUAAUUUGCGACUCGUGAGUGCUACAGGUGUUACACCGAGGAAAGAAAGCUAAAAGCACGAGCCGGCAUGCGACAAGUUGCGUCUCGAACGUUUGUCCGGUGUGAAGUACGACUUGAUUGAAACUACCAGGCGUAAUCGUUUUUAGGAAAGAUUGAUCCUUUCAACGUCGUAAAGAGAGAAGCACAAACCUCGGUCGAUCAAGGAUCUUCAAAGCUUGUCAGAAUCUUGUGCACGUGGCAAACGUGACAAGCUCUAAUUACGCCAUUACGAUAUCCACUGGAUGGCUUAAGAAGGAAAAGCAAUGACUUCAAGUGGAACAAGAUUUAAAACCAGACUUCCAAUAAUACCAGGCACGAGACCUUCGUUACGAAAUUCACAGUUGCUUAUUUCAACAGGAAUACCUUCUUUAGAUAGUACAAUAGGCGGAGGUUUACCUAUUGGCUCGAUAUUUUUAAUUCAGGAAGACAAGUAUGGUUUUUACGCCAAAACUGUAUUGAAAUACUUUAUGGCAGAGGGAAUAGUUGUGUCUCAAUCUGUACUAAUUGCGUCUCAAGAUGUCCAAUCUUCUAAGUUUGUAUCGGGAUUGCCCGCAGUUAUAAAUAAUUCAGAGGAACAUACAAAAACUACAAAUAAUGAAGAGGAGCCAAUGAAAAUAGCUUGGCGAUAUCAAAAUAUGAAAAUAGUAGAUUCAACUCCUACGGGAGGUCAAACAUUUGGUCAUUAUUAUGAUCUCACAAAGCAGAUGCAAAAGGAUUUCUUAGAUCAUGCUGAUAUAAAACAAUGGGAAUUUAAUGAAGAAAUGACACUAGAUGAAAAUAGUACAUUUAAGAAUGCUGCAUAUACUGACUUAUUAUGUACUGUAGAAAAAACUUUACGCGAUGGACAAUAUUUUCUCUCUAAAACAGAACAGAAAACAAAGAAAAUUUUAAGAAUCGCAAUUCAUUCUUUAGGAUCAAGAUUAUGGCUUAGUGACACAGAAAAAUAUUCUGAUUGUGAUCUAUUAAAAUUCCUAUAUUGCUUCAGAGCACUUUUAAGGAAUUCCUACGCAGUCGGCGUAGUAACAGUACCAGUUAAUAAUUUCAAUAGCAAUUUCGUUAUCGAAAGAAUUGAGCAUUUAUCGGAUAUAGCAAUUGGAUUGGAAUCGUUUGCAGGAUCUGCAAAAGCGCUUAAUCCAUUGUAUAAAGAGUAUCAUGGUCUGUUGCACAUUAAGAAAUUGUGUGCAUUAAAUGGUUUGUCACACGGCAGUUCACAACACAGAGAUCUAGCAUUUAAAUUACGCCGUAAAAAGUUUCUUAUAGAAGUUUUACAUUUGCCACCCGAGUUCGAAGAUACAUCUCAACGAGAGCAAGAUGACACAGUAGCACCCGGCAUUGGAUGCGCGAGUGGAUCUCAUAAAAGUGCACUUGAUUUUUAG